CCCCAAACCGGACACCAUGAAGAUCCCAAUUCUUCCCGUCGUGGCUCUCCUCUCUCUUCUGGCGUUGCAUGAGGCCCAGGGAGCUGCCCUGGGUUAUCCCACGGUAUACCCGGAAGAUAGCACCUACAGUAAUUACCCUACCGAAACAGAGGGCGUUACCAAUGAGUUCCUGAACUUUAAGAAGCUACAGUCUGCCUUUCAGUCAGAAAACUUCCUGAACUGGCACGUCAUCACUGAUCUGUUCAAAAAUGCGUUUCCUUUCAUUAACUGGGAAUUCUUCCCUAAGGUGAAGGGACUGAGAAGCGCGGCUCCGGAUUCCCAGUGACCAUUCUCUUUAAGACCUAGGACCUAGGCUGACCCCAUGCUAGAAGAGGAAGCAAGCGUGGAACCUGAGGCCCAUCCUGCGACACACCUCCCCUGCCUCAGUCCCUCCAAUAAAGUGUUUUCCACUCAAGUGG